AUGCAUAUUCAGAAUAUCAAGAGUGCCCUUGUGGCAUUGGUCGCUUUCAAUGCUCUCGCAGCCUCUGCUGUUCCCGGCCAGGAACAAGAACUCGAGCAGCGUGACCCCUACGGCUACGGUUGUCCCACCAAGACCGUGACAAAAUGGUCCACGAAGUGGGCGACCAAGUACUCCACCAAGUACGGGUAUGCCGUCACAAAGACAAAGACUGUCACGAAGACAAACUCCAAAUGUACGAAGACGGCGACAAAAACAGUCACAAAGUACGCCACCAGGACAGCUACUAAGACGGCCACCAAGACUAUUACGAAGACGAACCAUUAUACCAAGACUGCUUUCGUCAUUAGCACUGGUCUUCCAUUCAACGUGAAGAACAGAGUCAUCACCAUUGCCGCGCCACAAAUCACCGCCGGUGGGAAGGUCACCAACCUUCAAGCUUCAAUUAUCACUAUUCCAGGCACAUCCCUUCGUGGUUUGGGCGGAAAUGUCCUUGACAUUGGUGCUACCCAUAUUGUUGUUGCUGGGUCCACAAUCAGAGUUGGCCCAGUUAUUACUCUUCCAGAGGCCGUUAUUACAGUCGCUGGCGAGACCCGGGUAAUUGCAGGUGGCUGUCUUCCAGACUAUACGACAACUGUCAACAGCGGUACCGUAACCGUCACUGAGUCUGGUGCAACUGCAACUGCAACUGACACAAAGACUGUCACUGAGACCAGUACCUCUGUCUCAACUGAAUUAUCCACCGUUGUCUCUACUUUAAUUAGCACUAGUGUCUCGACCGAAGUCUCCACUAGUAUUAUCAUUAGCACUGCAGUUUCCACCUCAGUCUCCGUUUCGGCUAGCGUUUCGACUGUCGUUUCGACCGUUGUGUCUGUUGUACCUGCCGAACCAAAGUUUACACCAGGGCCUCGAAUUGUUGGAUGUUACAAAGACGAAAAUGCCAGCAUGAACGUUGACGCUCCCCCGGAGACAAACGACCUCAUGACUCCAGAUCAAUGCAAUUCCUAUUGUUUCGGUCAAGUUGGGGAUAGCGAUAUUGUGGCUGCUGGGCUUAUCGACGGAAAUACUUGCAGGUGCGCCAAGCAGUGGAAGAGCAAUCCCCACUCAUAUGAACCCGGACAAUGCACGAAGCCAUGCUCAGGCGAUGCCAGUGGUUUUCUCCGAUGUGGUGGGGACGGAUAUAUUCAGCAGACCGUAUCCGCACCUACGCCCCGUUUGUUUGGCUGUUAUAAGAAGUCCGGUACCGAGGAUAUUCUUGAAGUCAUCAAGAACAUUUCGAGCGUCACCCCCGAGAACUGUCGAGCCGCCUGCUACGUCGAUGGAUAUGCAUUCUCCGGUCUCACCAACGGAAACACUUGUUCUUGCGGAAACUCCUUUAAGAACGCCCCUGCUGCUUAUGACCCUACCGACAACUCGCAGUGUCUUACCCUAUGCUCGGGCAACAACAUCCUUACAUGUGGUGGCAGCGGUUACACUGAUAUCUACGUUUGGACUGGCUAA